AUGGCACCCUGCGUCAAGCAAACCGCCAGGAGGAGAACUCUGCAGAUUGAAGGGUCCAGUUUCCCAUGGGUCCAGUCGGUAUUGCCGUUGGUAUCGAUCCCAGAUUCUGACAACAAUGAAUCCGAUAAAGCAGGGAUUGAGAGGCGUUUAAAUGAACCAAGGGAUUGGAAUCUCUUCCACAUGAAUAAAGUGUGGGAGUUCUAUAAGGAGAAUCGGAAGAGAAAGGUUGUUAUUGAACGAAGGUUUCUCAAUGAAGGUGAGCGACGCUAUAUCUUCGUGCGAGGGUUUACACUGGAAGUUAGCACAGAGGCAAUUAGGGAGGUCUUGGGGUUGUCUGAGGUACACAAUGACUGGCAAGCUGAUGUUGCCAGUCUCCCUGUGAAGGUGGAUAUAUGGAACUUUAUCAAACGAGUCCUCUACAACAAUCAUAAGGAGGUUGAAUGGACCUUGGACAAGCAUGGGGAUCCCAAGUCCUUUGACGCUAAGCAUCUCAAGGAUGAAUGUAGAGGCUGGUUCAAUUUUGUGUGCACCAACAUCAUCCCAAGCAAUUCUCGUCAGCAUGUCUCUUUUAACAGAGCCCUGUUGGUUUAUGCCAUUGUCAAGGAUGUGACAAUCAAUGUUGCCCCUAUCAUCAGUCAAUAG